AUGGCCUCCUGCGGGCCCGGCCGCUUGCCCUUCGGGGCGGAUUCGAGAUGUACGUACACCGACGCAAGCGCUGGGCCUGCGCCUCCCUCCGCCCUUCCGUUGUCCCUACUGGCUGACGCCCCAUGUUCCCCCUACGACUUACAGCAGCAGCAGCAGCAGCACAAGCAACAGCAGCAGCAGCAGCAGCAGCAGGCAUUAGAAGUGGACGGCGCCGAGGAGGAGGACUGGUCUCGCCCCAGGACCCCCACCGUGUCGGAUGUGCGCUCUCUUCCCCUCAUGGUGUCUAGGCCUUUGUCUUUGUCUCUUCUGGCGGCGUUGGGUCCUCCUGAAGAGGCUGGCAGUAGCGAAAGAAACAGAGGCAGCAGCAGCAGCCGCGCUGGCAAGAGCGCCAGCAACAGCAGCAGCAGCAGCAGCAGCAGCACCAGCCGAUCGCUUGUUGCACCUGAGCGGGCUGCGCCUGCCUUGAGCGUGCGGAGCUGCAGCAGCGGGGGGGCUGCCCCUAACCAUGUGUCUGCUGCACGAGAUAGCAGCUGUGCAUCCAAAGGAGAGAUUGUGAGAGAAGAACUUCAUCUUGGUGUCUGCUGCACCCAGUCAUCUGCAGACUCCGCGCUGUACAGCGGCCAGCGCACAGGCAGCAGCAGUGCAGGCAGCAGCCGCAGCAACGCAUGCAGCAGCAGCAGCAACGCAUGCGGCGACAGCAGCAGCAAACACGCCCCGCCAUGGGCCCCAGAGAGACAGUUCUGCUUCUCAGGCGUUACCACGCGCAGCCUGUGGAGCACCCGCAUCUGCGCAUGUAGACCCGGACCCGUCCUGAGUGGCAUCCCCAACUGCAGCAGCAACAGCAGUAGCAGCAAAAGAAACGGCAUCAGCAGCGCAGCACGGACCGCGAAGAUGGAAGCUGCUGAUCCUACGGGGCUGCCGCCCCCGCAGGAGGCCGUUGGGGACCGCAGCAGUAGCAGCAGCCGCAGCAGCAGCCGCAGCAGCAGCCGCUGCAGCAGCGACAGCAAAGACAGCGGCGGUAGUAGCAACAGCAGCGUAUGGGAGGGAGAGCUGCGGGAAUCUCUUGCUAAGGCUGGCAGCAGCAAAGGAGAGGCAGCACAGCCAGCCGAUUUCGAUGAUCCGCUGCAGCGGCUGCAGACGCUGCAGCUGCAGCACCAACCACGUUCUCCCCUGCUGCUGCUGCGCUGCAGCAGCUCGCAGGAUGCGGAUUUGCUGCAGCAAAGCGGUGGAGACACUUGCCCUCUGCUAUCAGAUGCGCCCCCUGUUUCUAGCGAUGCUGUCUCUGUUGCCGCUGCCUCUGAACCCAUAGGAUCUGCUGCUGCUGCGGUUCCUGCUGCUGCUCCUACUUCUGUCCCUAUUCCCGCGAGUGUUGGCAGUUACUACGGCUUCAACCUCGGGGCUGAGGUGAGGGCUCGGGUGUCUGCGUACGAGGAGAAGACGGCUUCGCAAAGGAAGCGGCAGACGAAGCUCUGGGAGGAGUACUUAGCAAAUAACCCUUCUUUCGAAGACCGAAGGCCCCUUAAGAGGCUCGUCAGACGGGGGAUCCCGGAUCAUCUCAGUUUUGUUUUGUUGCAUUGCUCGUCUUUGUUUGUUUUCCGCUGCUUCUUUAGAGGAAAGGUUUGGGCUUCUUUCUUGGGGGCUGAUGCGCUGCUCAACUCGGACCCGGAGGCUUUUGAACGGCUGCAGAUGGAGCAGUUGCCUGUGGACGUGAGCGGCCAAAUAGAGCUGGACCUCCCGCGAACAUUUCCGAACAACAAAAGGUUCCGCUGCAGCGGUGGCAUCUGCGCGUUGCGGCGCGUGUUGCGGGGUUUUGCUGCUGCUCGUCCUGGGGUUGGUUACUGCCAAGGGUUGAAUUUCUUGGCUGGGACUUUGCUGCUUUUCCAAGAGCAAGAGUUAGCCCUGGCUUCUCUGCUGCAGCUCGUCGUCUCCAAUGAUAAGAACAAAGGACUACAAAUUGGCCGCUACUACUCGAACGGGAUGACGGACCUGAGGAGAGAUUUGAAAGUGCUGGAGCUGCUUAUCAGGCAGAAGUCUCCCCGAGUUUUCCAAGUCCUAAAGAAGACGGGCGUAGAGGUGGAGUGGGUGGCUGCAGAGUGGUUUUUGUGUCUCUUUGCUACAUCUUGCCCUCAACCGACCGUUCUUCGUAUUUGGGAUUGUCUGAUGCUGGAGGGCCCCAAGAUUUUGUUCCGCGUUGCUCUCGGCUUUAUAUUUUACUUCGAGUCGCAGCUGGCGAAGAUGCAGUCACUAGAGCAAGUGAUGGGGUCUCUGAAGACCAAGCUGUCUCUGUUGGUUGAACACAACGAGUUGCUGCGGCUUUGCUUCAACAAACUGCGGAGCUUCCCGCGACGGAAACUGCAGAGGAUGCAGGAAACGAUUGCGGCGGGGCUGGUAGACCCCCCCAUUCGUCACUCCCAUCACUCGGCCGAGCAGCAGCAGCGGCAGCAGCAGGGGGAGGAGGAGGAACAGCAAGACCAGCAGCACCAGGUGUCUUUGCAAGAUCCGCGACGCAGGCGGUUGCUGCCAUUCAGGCGCAACAGCAAGCAGCAGCAUGCAUGCGAGGUGGUACAACCCCACCAACAACAAGAGUCUCAACUUCAGGGCGCUGCUGCUGCUGCACAGCUUCAUUUUACUUGGAGAGAGAAGCUGUCGCGUGUCAGUCGAGUCGGAUUAAAGAGAAAGGGAACUUUGCCUUCGCUCACGCAGCGUGGGGGGCCCCCCUUGGAGGCCUCCUCCGAUGAACACCUAACUCAAGACGCUCCCAACAGCUGCAGCGGCAACAAAAGCAACACAGGGGAGCUGCACAGACACCGCACUUUACGCAGUUUGCAAAAGCCACGAAAGACACCGAGGUCUCCCCCUUGCAGAGGGGCCUCGGCUGUGUAG